GAUGAAGUGAGGGCAAAGCUCUUGGACACACCAUCUGAAGGUGCUCAUGACACAGACAGUCGAGUUAUUGAUGCCUACAUCCACCAGUGUACGGCAGAGGCUCAGGAAAUCACUUUAGCUAGAGCCAUUGAGUUGAAACAUGCUGUGACCUUGAUAGCGGCCCUUGCCUAUGAAACUGCAGAAAUGUACCAGAGAGGAGAUGAUGCAUUAGCCUCCCUAGAUCAGAAAGAUGUCGGCAAGUGGAGGAAAUACUUUCAGCUGAAGAACAAAUUCUACCUGGCAUGUGCUCACAGUUAUAAUGGAGAAAGUCUGUUGAAUCAAGACAAAUGUGGUGAGGCAAUCAGAGGAUUACGAGAGAGUGUGGAAUUGUAUGCCAAGGCUGAGUUGCUGUGUAAGGAGUACGCCCAGGCUAAGGGAGUUGGAACAACAGCAAGGCCACAGAACCAUUUAUUUUUCCGUAAACUUGGGCCUAUUGUGAAGCGUACCCUUGAUAAAUGUGAAAGGGAGAAUGGUCUCAUCUACCAUCAGAAAGUAGCCACUGAUCCACCUCAGCUGGAACUAAAGGCAACCUACGGCCUGGUCAGUCCUGGGGAUUACACAGCACCAGCCCUCAAUCCACUGUGGUCAGUUGAAGUGUACAAGAAAUUCAGUGUUGCUAACAUUCCUAAACCAGGUCCAGCAACUGAGAAGAAAGGGACUGAGGAAAAGCCGCCAACAUUGCCGUCUGUGAAAGAGAAAGAAGUUCCCAUGUCUGACAAGGACCCUAAGAACAACAGUGGCUGUGUUGUGUCUUGA